GUUUUUCUUCUUGAAGUCUUGACGCUAAUAUCCAACUACAACCUCAGUUGUUGAAGGCGAAGACGAGAAAUUAUAACAGCAGGCUACGGAACCGACCAGGCGGAUAAGACGGUGUGUCGCUGGUUGUUGCUAUCACCUCAUUACACGGUAACGUAGUGAUGCGAUGUGAGACACCCGGCGAGGCUUGGACAGCGCCAUUAAACCGGUUAAACCGACGGUGGACUUGCGAGCCGGAAAGACUCUGACUGACUUCAGAUAAAAACAACCCUGCGAUGUUAUUACAUUUCCCAGUGUCCUGAGAACUGCAGACUUCAACCCGAGCAAUAGCAGCACAUUAAGCUACGACCAGGAGUGAGGGAUAUAUAAGCUUCAAACUCCAGUUCACCAAACAGACAUCAUGUCUUCCAGGGAGCGUCGGUCAGAUGUCUACAUAAAGGCGGAACCCAGUAGUCCAGAGGGAGGUGGGGGAGGUCGGACCAGUCCUGGUGGGGCCUCCUCAGACUCCUCUCAAAGUGGAGGUGGAGGAACCAGAGGAGACAGCACAAAACGUUACUCCCCACCACUCUACACACCAGCUCUGCGUUGCCACUUCAAAGACGAAGGUGGUGAUGGGGCAGAGGAGGGCUCCACUGGAAAUGGAGCUGGGCGAUGCAAGUACGCCCUGAGCACGCUGCCCAAGAGGCUCUGUUUAGUAUGUGGAGAUGUGGCUUCAGGUUACCACUAUGGCGUGGCGUCAUGUGAGGCCUGCAAAGCAUUCUUCAAGAGAACCAUUCAAGGUAACAUUGAAUACAGCUGUCCAGCUUCAAAUGAGUGUGAGAUCACCAAAAGGCGCAGAAAGGCUUGCCAGGCAUGCCGCUUCACUAAGUGCCUCAAAGUAGGCAUGCUGAAAGAGGGAGUUCGUCUCGACAGGGUUCGAGGUGGAAGACAGAAGUACAAAAGGCGUCCAGAAGUGGAGAAUGCAACAUACCAGAAUGCCCCUCUACCACUGACAAAGGAGAGUGAAAAAGGUUCCUCCAACAUCAUUGUGUCCCACCUCCUAGUGGCAGAGCCAGAAAAGUUAUUUGCCAUGCCCGACCCUCUGCAGCCCGACACAGCCCAGCGGACGCUCACCACCCUUUGUGACCUUGCUGACCGAGAGCUGGUUGUCAUCAUUGGCUGGGCCAAACACAUUCCAGGCUUUCUGUCACUGUCCCUAGCAGACCAGAUGUCUGUGCUGCAGUCAGUAUGGCUGGAGGUGCUGGUGCUGGGUGUAGCGUACCGCUCGCUUGGCUGCGAGGACGAGGUCGUGUUUGCAGAGGAUUUUGUCCUUGAUGAGGAGAUGUCACGUGUUGCAGGACUGACAGAGCUAAAUGCAGCAAUUAGUCAACUUGCUCGCCGCUUCCGUGCACUUAAUGUCGACCGGGAGGAAUUUGUCAUGCUAAAAGCCAUCGCACUCACUAACUCAGACUCUGUUUACAUCGAGGACAUGGAAGCUGUGCAGAAGCUGCGGGACCUCCUCCACCAGGCCCUGCUGGAGCUGGAGUGUCAGCGGCGCCCUGAUGACCCCCAGCGAGCUGGACGCCUCCUUUUAACGUUGCCUCUCCUCCGACAGACUGCUGGUCGUGCUCUUACCACCUUCUACAGCAUCAAGACCCGUGGAGGUGUACCCAUGCACAAACUAUUCCUGGAGAUGCUGGAAGCCAUGAUGGACUCUCCCUAGAGCAGAGAGCAGCAGAAGUAAAGAGGAUGCAGAGAAAGACCCAACAGAGAUCUAGUCUUGGAGAGUGGAUGAGUGAUUUAUGAGAAAGGAAAGCUUUUGUUAGAGAAUUAAUAAUGAGGAAAAUGGUCUUUUUACCCUUUAGGCUACACGGGGCAAGAAAAGAUUUUGACAAAAGAAAAACCUCAUGUAUUGUCUCUGAGUGGGAAUGCGUUACUUACAGUGAGAUUUAACUGCCAAACUUCAGUUAAAAGCGUCAAGAGUGAAAACAUUUAACAUGAAUGCCAGAAUACUUCUCAGUUUCAACUAUUUUCACAGUGUGUUUCAUCACAGCAUCAAUAUCCUGUUGCAUAACCACUGAAGAACAAUAUUUAGGUACCCAUGAACAGACUGCAAUCACGUGGCUCUUGAACUUUUUAAAAUAAUGCAGCAUCUACCCAUGAAAGCCAUUAUAAAAUAACUGGCGAAAGACUUGAGGGUCCAGUAUAGGGUCAGAUUGACAUGCACAUGGAGUGCUUGUAUUCACUAUAGGUUAGUGUGCCGUUGUAGGCAAAUUCAUAGGAAUUACUUGCAAUAUGUUAAAAGCAAUAUAAUGACUCAAUUAUUGUCUGUCAGAUUUAAAAUGUGGAUAAAAUGGUGAGACCUCUAGUUGUGCUUGUAUAUCAGUAGUUCUCCACUCUCAGGACCCCAGGUGCUAAUUUAAAAAAAAAAAAAAAGAUUCUAGCUUCUAGUAGAGCCUGGUUUGGGUUGGGGAUGCCAGGUGGUUAGAAACCUGUUAGGAGAGAAAACCAGAGGCACUUAGGGGUUUAAAUACUGGAACUGGGAACCACUGGUGUACAUAGCAGGUGCAGGAUUCUUUAUAAAUGGUUGUGCAAUUGAUUUGUAGUCCAGGUGAAAUGCGUAUGAAGAUUGUGUGCUCAUAAAAUGCUCUACUUGGAGGGUAAUAUAUUCAGUGUUGUAUGUACAUCCUAUUGGCGCACAAAGAACUGGCUUCCAUAUAAGCGCGUGUGUUCGUGUGCAGUCAAAACCAAUGAGCUACACUGAGAUCAGGGAAGAACACAGCUCUGACAUUAAAGCCAGUGUGGCAGCAUCAGUGAUUAGAAAAGAAAUGCAUAUGCCCCAUCUGCUUUCUUUAUACUAUCUAUCCUCCACUAGAUCUAAUCACUAUUUCUGUCUUCAGCAGCUGUGCUGUUCAAAAAUAAUAGUCAGACAUAUUUGACCUGUUUCAUGUGUGGGCUAUAAUGUGUAACACUAACCCAUAUGUAUGAUUGAUAGGUUUAUGAGAUUUUGCUGCAUUUUCUGCAGUAAUGAAGAGGGUUGCAUAAAAGAUUUCAAUUGUUCAAUGGAAGAUCCCUCCUUUGUGUACGUACAUCUGUUGAACUUUAACGUGUGAAGUGCCCGAAGAGGGCUCAGGGCAACAAGAAAUGCAACAUAUGCAACAUCUUUCUUUUGGAUGUUGAUACCUUGUCUGACAACAUCCCGAAAGUCCUACUCAUGGUUCAGCAGGUUUGUAUACUAUAAUAUAAAUGAUAAUUAUUUUAAGUUUCACAUGCAAUGUAAAGCUACAGUAUCUGAUUUCAAAGUCAGAUCCCUAAAAAUAAUAGUGGCCAAAUGGCCAUUAAUCUUUUAGCCAUGUACAGUUCCAUUUAAAUAAACAGAAACAUGCAAUUUAUAGUGUAAGAUAACAAAGCCAGCAAAUGUGAUACAAAUUCCCCGUUACAAUUAUAUUUGUGCAGCUCACGGUGUACUAAAAUUUGUAAAGACUUGAAAACUGCUUUUUCAUACAUUUUCCUUUCUAGGAUUUAAGGGUAUUUUAUUGUGACACACUGUUGUGGGUUUGGUAUUGGAACGACGCUUUCCAUUCAUGAUAUUAUGAAUGCUUUUUUUUAAACGUAUGUAAUGCAGUUGUGUGUUUUCUGAAGCUGAUUGUCAUUUAGGGAUCAAUUUACAUGGCUCUAUAGAUCCAGCUACAUAGUGAGGCUACAGAGGGCUACCUCAGGAGGCAGAGUAAGCCAGUUGGCCAAAUAACUGUGGAGACACGUUAUUCUUGAUCUUUUGACUUGUCAAGUUAAAUCUGAAUAUUAGGUAUAUUGAAUGUCCUGCAGUUUAGAUCAUUUUUCUUUGUUUUCAUAACUCUAAGGUGUCUAUGGCUCAUUAAUCAUGCUUUAUAAGAUGGCCCAUGGUACAAAGUGUCUCAAAGGGGGGGGGGGCUUCAGUUGAUGGUCUCAUAGGAUUAAUGGUGCAGCUUGAAAACACUGGAGGUCAUAUUGGCAGUUGAAAUUGAAAACAGCUCAUCUUGUAUUAGCCACAGCUAGCACUGUGGAGCAGGGAUUGAUAUAUCUGGCAAAAUGUGACUCUGAUUCAUCUGGUUUUGUUUUUAUAGGUUACAGCUUACAUAUUUCUGUCAUCUAAGAAGUUUUUUGGUCUGUGAUUUGUUUACUAACCUAAUUUUUCUGAUAGUGAUCAGACUUCCGAAGCAAACAAAUAAAUAUAGAUGCCUGGGUUGAAUUACAGCUUUUAAAACUUUGUCAUUUACAUAACGGCAAUUUUUUUCAUUAGCAUACAAAUAUGUUUUAGGUACGGUGGGUUAGGGUGAAGGCAGGGUCAUUUGCAGUGUCACUGUUAAAAUUAUACAGUCAUUUGUAGUUUCUAUUAAAUAUGUGUGCAUUAAUAUAAAUGAGCAAUACAAUAAAUUACCAAACCUCACACAUUUCCUUGUAUAGCCACAGUGUACAUUUAACAUUGCCAGUUAUAAUGAAGAAUAGCUACUAAACGUUAUAUUAUUUAGAGGUUCAAAUCAAUGUUUGUAUUUUGAAAGACUAUUUAAAUGAUUAAAUUCUAUUUUUUACUCAA